GUAUUAUAGUAAUUAUUAUUGUAGAUUUAAAUGCUUAUUAAUACUUCUGUGUGAGUACUAAACGCAAACGUCAUAUGAAUAUGACAAUCGUAAUGUCAAAUAAAUGACAGUUUGCCAUUGAUAAACGGUGGAAUCGUGCGACUGUAGUUAAUGUGACUAUGAUUCAUGAUUAAAGUACAAUUAUUAUCUCGAAUAAUAAUUAUACAACUUUAAAAAUGUGGGAUAAUAUUAUAGAAUAUUUAAAGGACCCGUUGUUAGUUAUAAAAGUGCAAAACUUCUUCGGCGUCACAUACAAAACUAGUAGACAAGAAAAUGAUUCAUCUGAGGUACUACAUUCCGAGAGGCUCGAGGGCGUGAAUGAAGAGUGCGAUUUGAAGCAACACAAGAGGAUCCCGAGCAACAUAUCGAGCAGUUCUCAGUCGUCGUACGAUACGGAUACGUCAGCGGAGAGUGGCGGGAAGGACGAGGUUGUUUUGUCGAUAAACAAUCUGUUCUGGUACUACUUGUUCGUGCUGGGCACGGAGCUCGGCGAUGAGAUAUUCUACGCGACGUUCAUCCCGUUCUGGUUCUGGAACAUCGAUGGCGCCGUCGGCCGGCGCGUGGUCCUCGUGUGGACGGUCGUCAUGUACAUAGGUCAGGGCUUCAAAGACAUAAUCCGCUGGCCACGUCCAGGGUACCCAGUAAAGAAGUUGCAGCAGAAGUGGGCGAUUGAGUACGGCAUGCCGUCCACCCACGCAAUGGUGGGUAUGUGCAUGCCGUUCUCGGUGCUGCUCUACACGAUGGACAGGUACAUCUACCCGGCGCACUGGGGAGUCCUUGUGGCGGUCUCCUGGUGCUCGCUCAUAUGCGUCAGCAGGGUGUAUCUGGGCAUGCAUUCUGUUUUGGACAUAGCAGCAGGUCUGCUGCUGUCGUCCUCAUUGCUGCUGGUGCUGAUCCCGCUGGUGGACGCGCUGGACGGGUUCUUGCUGACGUGGCAGUUUGCGCCGUUGCUUGUCGUCACCGUCUCCAUACUCGUCAUUGUCUAUUAUCCCAACGCCGACAAGUGGACACCCACCAGAGGCGAUACGACGAUGAUAGUGAGCGUGUGUACCGGCGUUCUGACUGGUUCAUGGACCAACUAUCAGCUCGGCAACAUGGUGGCCAGUCCCCAGGGCCCACCCUACCACAUCAUCUGGCCCUCGGUCGAGAUGCUGGGCUGCACCAUCCUGCGGACCAUACUGGGUUUCUGCGGUGUCCUAGCCACAAGAGCUAUAGGCAAAUCAGUGUCGUACGCCUUCGUCUGUGCCUUACUCGGUAAAGACAAGAACGCACUGCGAAACUCCGAAAACAGUCUUAAUAAUAAGCACAAAAUCAUAGUGGAGUUGAGUUAUAAAUACUUUACAUAUGGUAUGAUCGGUUAUAACACCACGUACGUGUUCCCCAACGUGUUCGAUUUGCUGCGAAUCAACAGACCCACCUACUAUACAGAGAUUUAGAUCAGUUUUAUGAUCGCUGCAUCGUUCGUUAUUUCUAGCUGUUAGAUAAACCUGGAUUCCACACCAUUUGUUGGGCCUUGGACAGCUCUUGCGGAGCUCGUAGAACGUUGUAUUGUCGAGAGAUGGCGCUGUUAUAUUUUUCGCGAUUUACUGUGAGACAGUCGCUGCGAUUUUGGUUCAGAUUUGUCGCUAAACUAGUUGGUGUAGCUAUAGGUUUGUUAGUGUUGCAGAAGUGUUAAUAAGUCGUAGUUGCUGUGGAGUUAUGUGUUCAUAAUUAUAAUUGAUUUGAAAAUUUAAUAAAAAAAAAUCAAUUUAAAUCUGUGUGCCAAAUUUCACUCAAAUGUCAAUGUUAAGUUGUUCCUGCGUUUACUGCUAACAAACAUCUCAAAUGUCUAGAGUUUGUAUUAACAACAUUUUAAAGUGCAAGGGCUAGAUGUUGUAAAAACUUUCUUUAUUAUAAAGCAGUAAGGUUAUGACCACCACCACGAGGACAAUUCUCAAAGGAAAUUUAUUAAUGUUCGCAUCGUUGCAAGUGAAGGAGAUCCAGUGCCUAGAUUUCAUCAACCUUUUUUUUACUUUUGCAAUACUGUUCAAACCUAAAGCUACGCGGAGUAUUGUCGUCACAAUGCCUUUAAAGCCGUCACACGGCAUCACGUUAUAUAGUUGAACGCACCGCGUUCGAGACCAUUGUUAUGAAUACUGUAUAUAAUUUAUUGUUAAAUAUUAUUAAUGUUAUUGUAGAAUGUGCCUUAUGAAGUAGCACCGUGGGGAGUAAGUGGGGGUAGGCUGGGAAAUAUAAAGCCGACUUUGAUUUGGGCUUGUUGAAAAAUGAUAAUAAAACGUUUUCGUUUUAUAUUUUUUUCUGAAUGAAGGUAUACCGUGAAGUCGCCAAAUAUUAUAAUAUUAGAACAAAAAAAAAAUAACGAAAAAAAUAAAGAGAUAAUUAUAAUUAAUAAUUUCGAUCAAUUUACUGGUGAGCAGAUACGUCUUACUAUGAAUUAUCAGUCCUAUGUUUAUGAUUGUAAGGUUGAAAUUCAAUUGUUAUAUAUAUGGUUGUUGUUGGUAUCAAAGUGUCAAUCACAUUUCUUUAUUUCGCUAUUUCGAAGCCAUUAAGGUUAUAGCUUAAGGUCCAUUUUUCAUACAUUUUGUUUUACCUUUAAUCUGGGUAACUAAACAAGUAUUGACAAGUAUUUUUGUUACCUACUUUUUUUAUAAUUACACGUGUGAUAUACGUACACGCACGCACACUUUACCUGUUAAAUAUGUGAAGAUGAAACGUUCAAUUCGUUUCAAACGAAAGGAGACGGGAAAUUGGGCUUGACAGUACACUUAUGAAACAUAUAUCAAUAUUCUUCUUCUAUUUUUAUAUCUGCUAAUAAAAAAUAUUAGAUUGUAUUACAAUGGGAAAAUAAAAAGAUGAUGAAAAGCGUUUUUUUACGCUGUAUUCUAUAGCGAUUAUUUCUUUACUCCCGUUGUAGAGACAGAUUUUUUUUUCUAAUUUAGAAAUGGUUCUAUUAUUCCUAUAAAAUAAUGCAUAAAUCAUCUCUGCAACACUAAGCCCAAGGUUCUAUGGAGUUUCGCCCGUCUCCUUUGGACCUUGCCAACGUCGUCGAACACACACGACCUAAAGUAAUGACGAAUCCCUGGUCGAAUACUUUUGGUGCGUAAAAGGCGUAUCCGUACUCGUGUAUGUGGAAAAUCUAAUAUUGUUUAGUAUUUGUAACAGCUGCUAGUUACCGUUCCGUAUGCACGGCAAGGAGGAGUUUACCGAGUAUAGUUACGAAUCGUCAUUCCUAGUACCCGCUCUAAAGAUAUCACCUUGUCACUGUUUAAUCUGUAGGUAUAUGGCGAGAUGAUUGAUGGUUGUUUUAAACUUUACUCUCUCCGCGUCAUACCGCCGGUGACUAGCAGAAGUGCAGGAAUAUGUUAUUAAACAUCACCAAUUUAUUGUAUAAAUUAUUUUUAAGUGUUUUUAUGUACCUGUGACAUAUCAUGUGAUUUUUGCAUUCCAUUCAGCCUCACAAGUCUACCUAAAAAUAUUCUUAUUCGCAAGCCAUUUACGAUAUAAAAUUAUGUGUAUGCUUUAUGUCAUUAAUGUUUUGUAUCUUUGAUUGAGAGCUAUAAUUUAAACAAUUCUUGAACAAACAGAUAAUUCACGAACAAUUUACUUUACACUACUAUUGUUGCCAAAUACUGCAGUGCAUACCCGUUCUUAUAUGUGUACACAACUGAAGACCUGAUGGAUCAGUCGAUCGUUUGAUGAUGGGCGUCGUCAGAUCCAUUAAGAGGUAUAAAGAAGCCCAGUUCUUAAUUAUUUUUUAUACGAGAGAAUUACCUUAUAGUUAGUGCAGUAUAGGUCAGAUAAUGUAAUGGGGCCAUCCAUAAAUUACGUCACACGUUAAGAGAGAUGACGAGGGUCGACGAAGUGUGAUAUGUAACAAGAUAACGGGAUCCAAAUUAUUAGAUAUUCUUAUAUCUUAUUAUUCUUUGGCUCUCUCUCUCUCUGGUCGGUCCCUGAUAUCUGAGGAUCGUGGUCAGCAUCAGGGUUGCAUCUGGAGCGGAUGGUCUGCCUUCACCGGUUUCUGUUCAGCGCGUCUCUUACAGUUGUGUAGAAUUUAGAGGACGAUGAGUCUUUUACUUGCUCGGUCCAUCUCAUUGGUAUACGACCACGCAAUCUUCUGCCUUCGGUGUUCCCCACCAUAAUCUGUUUUUCUAAAUUUUCAUCGCCUCUGCGCACUGUUUGGCCAAAAUAUGAGAGAAUGCGUUGUCGGCGUAUAGUGGACAAGCUAUGAUUUGAUUCAUAAUUCUUUGGCUAUAUAAGGUUUAAUUUGUUUUGUAGGCGAAUUCCCGUCCACUAUACCACGGUCGCUCAUUGGCUGUAUUUGAGCCAAAUUCCGCCCGCUGGGAUGUGAGGUUGAUUAUAUUUAACAAAGUAGCGCCCUAUUUACGACGAACUACUCUUUUCAUAUAUUCAGUUCUAUGGAAACAUAUUGCAAAACGUGUGACGUCAGAACAAGUUUCACACAAGAACUUGGGAGCAGUCAAACAAUCAGAAACUUCGUGUGACAUAGUUUAAGGAUUGCCUCAAUUAGCGAGAGAUGGCACCACUAAGUCAACAUAAUUAUGCCGGCUUGUUUGUAUUAUAUAUGCACUAUACUCGUCAUCCUGAUAUGUCCAAUUAUAAACCACAUCCUGUCUGCUUACAUAACAGUACUUGCAAUUUGUUUGGCGGGAUUUCCAAAUGAUCAUUUGACUACAAAAUACCUAACUAAUGUACCAUAUUUAAGGAAAGUAAAUGUGAACAAAUAUUUACACUGUUCUAAAAUUAUUUCUGUUAUAUCACCCUGCCCUUUGCGUAUUCCUGUAUGGCGCUGAGAGAUAUUCUGUUAAUCAUUGAUGACAGGUCCUUUUGAUCAAUGUUUAAGUAAAUAUUCAUAAGACGUAUUAUUACAGUUAAUGCAUAUAGUUUAAUUUGAUUACUUUUGACUUUGGAAACUGGUUUUUAUAUUUGCCCCUCUUCGAUUAUAUUCAACAAUUUAGUACGACAUCGUCAAAUAGGCAUGUAAUGGCACUAUACAUAGCUGCGCGCUAAUGAUUACGCGAAUAUUCCUCCACUUAAUUACAUUGUCAAUUAUUUACUGGUUAACAUUGCAGUAAAUUUUAUUUUGUAAAUAUACGCAGGCAGGAAAAAUAAACCAAAUGUUUUUCAUGUACGCAUAAUUAGGUACUAAUAUUGUUCCUAUAUCUUCGUGAGAUUAAUUUUUAAAAUUUUCGACAACACGAAUUACUGUUAUGCAGUGUGUAAUAAAAUAUUGUAACAUAUUUAAUGGGACAGCCAUAAAAAAUGCAUGUAUUUGAUUUUAUUUUGACUCAUGUAAGUUGAAAACAUAAAGUUUUGCUGCAAAUUGAACAGGUUUGUCUUGUGAUUUAAAACGAACAAUCCGUAUAGCCUAAUUACGGUUGAGAAAAUUACAGAUAAAUCAUCUCAGUUAAGCUAAAAGUUAUUUAAUUUAGGUUUCGGUACGUAGCCCGCAUACAGCCUAGUGCAGACUACGCUAGACUACGUAGUUCAGUGGAGUAGAGAGUAUUAGUAACGGAACGUGUCGUGGACACCAAGAAUUUUAUAGUGACUAAUAUUUAAUGCGACUAAAAUGUUGGCGUAAUACAAACUAGGCUUUGUCGCUAGAGGUGGUAUCAAACAGUAAUGUUAAAUUUCUCUGGAUUUUAUGAAUAUAGACUGGCCUACAUUGAAGCCCGACUAAUUGGAAAUCGUCAGUAUUCCACGUUCUUCACUAUAAUAAUAUGUACAUAUAGCGCUCAAUAUCCAGACGAAUAUAAAACUCACUUUAGUGAUGUGCCAACUCGAGAUAAACAGAACUCGAGCUAACUCGAGUUGAAGUUCACGUAACUCGAGUUCAAGUCGAGUUAAGUAACUCAAGUGAACUGGGUAAAAUGAAACUGAGUAAUGAUUUGUUUUGGGUUAUUUUUAUAAAUGUAAUGACUCACCAAUAAAAAAGGAAUUUAUUUAUUCAUCAUGUAUUUAUGUUUUAUGUAUUUAAGAUUAAAUCUUCGUAACAUAAAUAAAGUAAGUAUUUAAACUCGAGUUAAAGAGAAUUCAACUCGAGUUGACUCAAUCUAAACCCAACCCGAGUUAACUCGAGUUGACACAUCUAUAACUCACUUAAGCCACCGCCCUACUGGUUUUAGCCUAUGGAAUGGCGAUAGGUAGAUGACGAUAAUACGCUAUACUCUGUAGAGAGCGAGACAACACCGCCGCGCUGCUCUCAUCAAUUGAGGAAUGCCCACAUGUGUGUAUCGAAUUUUAAAUUAAAUAAAAUCGGUAUUUACAAUGUUUACCAACGAUUUGGUUUUGAGCCACGAGGAUAGCAUUGUGUUAAAACGAAAAGGAAAA